AUGGGAGGGCCUUACGAUUCUACAAUAACUAUGGAAGAGCAAGACACGAUGCCAUACUCGGUGUCUGAGAAUGAUGGCAUUGGCAUCAAAUAUGAUCGCUUCAUUCUGAGUGCAGACAAACAUGGCGCUGAGCAUCGGACAUUUGAAGGAAUCCUAGAACGCUUUUCGCUGAGUCAGGCCUUUGCCGCUUCAGUGAAAGUCGGAGUCUGGGAAACAUUACUCAACGAUCUCGCUGAGCCGCUUUCAUGCACAACAAAGGCGCGUCCCCUUUGUGUCAUAACUAACAAGGCCCUUAAGCAAGGUGUUAUUCCUUGGAGUCGUAAAGCCGCUUUGAUUAAAGCAGGAGAAUUUGCCGAUUUAAGGCACUCUAUAAAUCUGGACUGUACUUUACUUAAUCGUGACUUUUACUGGGAUCGAUCACACUUAGAAGAGUACUACUUGAUGUCUGCUCGACAUUUCACUCUUGGUCGUCGUUUAAGUGGACUUAAUAGACGUUUGGACUAUUGUGAGGAACUUGUAAAAAUGGUGGACAAUAUGAUAGCCUUACGUCAUGCGUCUACGUUGGAAUGGAUGAUAAUAGCUCUGAUAGUGAUAGAAGUUAUCUUCGACCUCCUUCAUUACAUUGAUUCAUCGCCAUCGAAGGUGGUAAUAGUGGGUGGCCAAGCAUCCGUUCCCGACGGAUCCACUUGA